GGAAUUCCAUCGCGACGACGGGGGCAUUGACGAGGAGGGAAAAACCGCCCCAUUCCGGAGAAACAUAAUGUUGUGUGUUGGAAAGUGUUGUAGCUGGUCGUGUGAUGAAUUGGGCUGAACAAGGCUAACGAUGCAUGCAAUGUCCGAUCGGGUGAACAGACACUAGGGUUACGGAAAAGGAUAAAGCAGCAAGCAAAACAAAACAAAAAAAAGAUUUCGUAAAGUGACAAAACGAGCAUACGAGCGGAGGCGCAAAUAACGCAUCCAUUUUACGCGGUGACAAAGUUUAAUUGAAAUAGUGAAGAAUAUGGUGAAACCGGCGGCAAGAAUAGUGAUAAAGUUUCUAGAAUUAUUAGGUUGUGUGGCGUGUGUGAUUACGAAGAUUAUCACCGACCAUGAGUCACGGCGCGUGUUUGUGCGAAACCAGAAGCUAUCGCGAGAAUGGAGCUUGAUACACAACAUAACCUGGAGCAGCGGAGGAAAUGCAUUUACAAACAUCGUCUACGGGGGAUACACGAUAGUCAUCGCACUAAUGCUAAUUACAAGAUGCGUCGAUGCCAAAUCACGUCCGACCUUGUUUGAGAAGAUUGUACUAUCGCUGGGGACACUAUUGUUUUUUGCGGCAGGUGGUCUGGUGUUUGCGUCAAUAGAUCAGGUACAUCCCGAUCUCCAUGAUAAUGCCAUCAUACUCGGAUGCUUGUCGUUCGCCGUGGCGAUCCUGUUCGUGAUCGAUCUGGCCGAUCCGUUGGCGCGCAUGACCGCCCACAUGACGCAAACCGAAACAUCCACCCUGACCGCAACCGAUGCGCCCGAUAGGGCAAACUUGAAGAAAGAUGUCUCCACCGAUACGGAGCCGACGGUAUUUGUCGUUUCCAAGGCAGAUCAUCAAAACGGUCACCUACAUCAUCAGCCGUUGCAUCCACACCAGGAACACGCGCACCAUGAAUACCCGGACUCACCACUCAACCGGAGCGAUGAAUCGAUCGUAGAGCGGAAGGUGUACCCUUCGGCGCAGGUUCCAGUGUUUGCGCACGUACGCGCACCGGAGGAAAGCCGUAGAAUUGCGGGGAAAGAGAUUAAAUACCUGCCGCGGCAAGAUUACCGCGAUAGACGCAACUAUCGUGAUGCUGGCCCUGCGAGCUAUGCGACAAAUCGCCCCGCGACGAACCAACCGAAUGGCCAUCAGACACGGCAGCAGCACAUGAGCGUACCAUCCAGCAGCUACCAUGACAAUGAUUCGUUCGUCGAAGAUAUUCAGGCACCGUCGCGCAGGAGCACCUACGUACCGGCCGACAAGUUUGACCAGGAAGCGAUGCAGAUGAGCAGCGCACCGAACCACCAUCGCACGAGACCACCGCCACCGGCCAAGCCUUUAAACGUCAUUCGGACGCACUUUGGAUCGAACCACAGCUCACCGACCGAGUCGCAACACAGUGCCGAAUGCAGGUGUUCGCAGCGCAGUACCAGCACGCGACGGAUGGAAGAACCGGGCCGGGAUGAGUUUGACUCGCCGCCCAUACGGCCCGGGUUUGUGGCCAAUGCGGCAAAGAAGUGGGACGAUCGGGCACGCAGCAAAAGCCAACCGAUCGUUGGGCUGAAUACGAUGGUGUAGCAAUCCGAAACUCUUCUUCAAUCGAUUGAAUACUUUUUAAGAUGUUUUACAAACUGUAGGCAACCGUUUAAAUACUGGUAAUUCGAGAG